CUUAACCAAAACUGAAUACAAGAUCCUCUAUUACACAUCUGUUCACAGCUUAAGUGCCAAAGUCCCAAUAACCCACUCACAAAGAAUUAGCUUAUUAUUCCUUUCAGUCAAUUCUUCAUGGCAACCCGCAGCAGCACUAACAUCCCAAAACUUAUAGCCAAGCUUCCCCACUACUGCCGCCGCCUCAAGUCCUCAGCCGCCGCCUCCUUAGCCUCCUCCGGGCAACCCGUAAACGUUCCUAAACCGGAAGAGUCGCCCUACAUCAAUCUGGAUGACUCCAAGAAGCUCUUCUCAUCGGUCCCAACGGCAAAGCUGAUGGUAUCCACAUUCACUCUUCAUGUGGUGAUGAAUGAACUCAUGAUCGAUAUAGGCUCCAAGGUGAUGAAUUCGAGGCUCAUGAAGAGCCCCGUUUUGAGGGAGCUCCUCUUGAGAUCGAUCGAGCACACGCUCUACCACCAUUUCUGCGGUGGCAAAACCCUAAGAGAGGCCGACCAAGCUGCCCGGAAGCUCUGGGAAUCCGGCCUCCAAGCUAUGCUGGAUUACGGCAUGGAGCACGCACACGACAACGCCUCGUGUAAUCAGAACGUGCAGGAGAUCAUCGAGACCAUUGCAUCAACAAUUUCACUCCCCUCUUCUCCAGUGAGCUCCGUUGUGGUGAAGAUCACAGCGAUUUUUCCUCCUCGUUUGCUCAAGAGAGUAAGCGAUCUACUGAGAUGGGAAUACAAGGAUAAGUCCCUGCAUCUCCCUUGGAAGCUCCAAAGCUUUCCUCUCCUCUCGGAUUCAAGUGCGUUGUACCACACACCAGAAAUGCCGGGGGCCCUAACCCUAGACGAAGAGCGUGAUCUGGAGCUAGGGUUUGGGAGGCUGAUGAAGAUCUGCGAGAGUAGCUUAGAGGCCAAUGUGCCUCUACUGAUCGAUGCAGAAGAUACAACCAUCCAACCUGCAAUCGACUAUUUCACAUACCACGCCGCCAUAAACUACCACAAAGGCGACUCACCGUUGAUCUUCAACACGAUGCAAGCCUACCUCAAGGAUGCCAAAGAGAGGCUCGUGAUGGCCAAGAAAGCUGCAGACGAAGUGGGAGUUCCGGUAGGGUUUAAACUGGUGAGAGGCGCCUACAUGUCGACUGAGAGGCAGGUAGCUUCUUCUGUGGGGGCGAACUCGCCAAUUCAUGACUGCAUUCAAGAUACUCACGCGUGCUACGACACGUGUGCUUCUUUCAUGCUCCAAGAGAUCGCCAAUGGAUCCGGCUCUCUCAUCCUUGCCACCCAUAAUAUCCAUUCAGGGAAACUGGCAGCUGCUAAAGUUGCUAGUUUGGGAAUGAAGAAGGACAAUGAGAAGCUGCAUUUUGCUCAGCUCUACGGAAUGGCGGAUGUGCUUUCUUUUGGGCUGAGGAAUGCGGGUUUCAAUGUGAGCAAGUAUUUGCCGUAUGGGGCGGUGGAGCACAUCGUGCCGUAUCUCCUCCGACGGGCGGAGGAGAAUCGGGGCUUCGUUUCCACCGCAGCACUUGACAGACAACUCAUGAGGAGGGAGUUGCUGAGGAGAUUAACCUCUUUAGAGAAAUAGAGGAUACAUAUAGUUAGGAUCCAACUUCAUAGAGUGUACAAGUUGGUGUUGACAAGCAGCUUAAUUAAAGGUUAAAUAGUGGAAUAUUGUACAUUCGCCCAAACCAGGACAACCAGCUAGGAUUUUUAUGGAUUCCAAUAAAUAUGUACAAAAGUUUCUUGUAAAUCAUUGGAUUACGAUGAGUGACCUAGUUUUCAAGACUUUUUUUGUAUUAUUUUUGUUGCUCGUACCGAGAUUUUUCAACGACCC